AUGCAUUUCCAUUCUGUCUUCACUCUUAUCCUCGCCCUCCUCUUCACCCUCGUCGGCACCUCUUCUGUCCUUCCCCGCGAUGCAACUGCGGUCCAGCAGGACCUCGACAAACUCUCCACGGACGUAAAGGCCCUCACCAGCGCGAUCACCUCCUACACUGGCGGUGUGAGCGGCGCACUGGAGAUUCAGAAUAAGGAGCAGACUGUGGAGGGUGAUCUCGACAAGGUGACUACCGAUGCCAAAGCGGCGAGUACAUUCACAGAGAGCGAAAGCUCGACUAUCACGAAGUCGGUGCUAGGAUUGGAGCCGGAUAUCAAGACCUCGCUUGAUACGUUGGUACAAAAGAAACAACUGAUCGUUUCCGCUGGAGUGACGGACAUCGUGAAGGGCGAUCUGCAGAAACUCAAGUCUAAGACUGAUUCGAUGUCCACUGAGCUGCAGGCCAAGGCGACAGCAACGGACAAGGACACCCUGGCAUCGAAGACGAAGGACUUGGAUGCCGCAUUUGAAAAUAAUGACCAAGCACUUAACACCACGACUAUCCCCGCUGCUGCGCUCUGCCAUCGGCAAUCUCGUGGGAGGCCGUACUUCCUGGACUGGGACAGGACUUUUCCCGACGGAUGGAACCCAUCGGAUAUGCAGUCAGCCGCUGACCGGCUCUUUUCGCGUAUGCCGGGAUCGGACCAUCCGUCGACGGAUAGGAAAUUGUAUUAUCGACGAGGCAAGGGCCAAAUUCCUGAAGAACCGCACAUAUGGACAUGGAUCGUUCUUGUUCUCAGAUGGCUAAAGGCGCUGGCCGCAUAA